GGCACCGGCCGCGCGGCAGCCUCGCCCGGCGCGGAGAGGGGCUCCUCCCCGGCUUCCCUGGGGCUGCCCCCCGGACCCCCGCCCCUGCGGAGGACGCGUGUCAGCGCGUACCCGCCGCUGUCGUCUCAUCCCAUGUCAUAGCCCCUCCCCCAGGCCUGGGACACCCCCCCCCACGGGGCCCAUUAUCCCCAGCCCCCCCUCGCGCUGACCCCAGGUCCCGGCCGGGCCCCCCUCCUCCGCCGGCGGGUCUCCCCCGCCGAAGCCAGCCGCCAGCACGCCCCAACCCCUGUCAUCCCUCCGCCUCGCUCCACCUCGGGCCUGGGAACCCCGGCGCCCUCGGGCCCUCGUCCCUGGGCUCGGCCGGCCCUAGCUCCCGGCCGUCUCCCCCGGCGACGCGCCGCCCCCCGGGAUGCAGCCCGCAGGCUGGGCGGCCGUCCGGGAGGCGGCGGCCGGCGACGUGCUGGCCGCCGACCUCCGGUGCAGCCUUUUCGCCUCCGCGCUGCAGAGCUACAAGCGCGACUCGGCGCUGCGGCCCUUCCCGGCGGCCUACGCCCGCCACGACUGCAAGGACUUUGAGGCCCUGCUUGCAGAUGCCAGCAAGUUACCCAACCUGAACGAACUUCUCCAAUCCUCUGGAGACAAAGACCUACGGGCCAGGGACCUGGUGAGCUGGAUUUUAUCCUCAAAGGUCCUGACAGUCCACAGUGCAGGGAAGUCAGAGUUCGAAAAGAUCCAAAAGCUGACUGGUGCCCCUCACACGCCUGUCCCGGUGCCGGACUUCCUGUUUGAAAUUGAAUACUCCAACCCAGCGAACGCCAAAUUUUAUGAGACCAAAGGAGAACGGGACCUAAUCUACGCCUUCCACGGGAGCCGCCUCGAAAACUUCCAUUCCAUCAUCCACAAUGGGCUGCAUUGCCACCUGAACAAGACAUCCUUGUUUGGGGAAGGGACCUACCUCACCAGUGACUUGAGCCUGGCCCUCAUUUAUAGCCCUCAUGGCCUCGGAUGGCAGCGUAGCCUCCUUGGCCCCAUCCUCAGCUGCGUGGCUGUGUGUGAAGUCAUUGAUCAUCCAGAUGUCAAGUGCCAAAUGAAGAAGAAGGAUUCCAAGGAGAUAGAUCGCAGGAGAGCGAGAAUCAAACACAGUGAAGGGGGAGAUGUCCCUCCAAAGUACUUUGUGGUCACCAAUAACCAGCUUCUGCGAGUGAGGUACCUGCUGGUGUACUCACAGAAGCAACCCAGCAGGGCUUCAAGCCAGCUGUCCUGGUUUUCCAGCCAUUGGUUUACGGUCAUGCUAUCGCUGUAUCUGCUGCUGCUGCUUAUUGUGAGUGCCAUCAAUUCCUCAGCUUUCCAACACUUUUGGAACCGUGCAAAGAGAUAAUCUCUCUGGGCUUGGUGUGGGGGCCACCUCAACCAUGUGCCUUAUGACAAGCUGUCCUGUACCUCCCGUGCCUCACAUCUAACCAGGUGGAGCCUGGGGGCCAGUUGGGAACCGCAGGACAAUUUUCAUAUGCCAUAAAUGUAUUGAUUGCCUUUGAUGAUGCUCCCAGCCACACUCUGGUCAGCGGGGACUACGAGCCCCUCACUCUGAGGUUUUGGGGGAAUCCUCCUGUCUGCUCCUUCCUAAGCAGUCCCAGGGAGUUGGCUCUUCUGCCAGGGCCAAAGGAAAAAGUCCUGCUGCAUUUAAAAACAAAGUGUCUGGGCUGUCCGUGGUAUGUUUACAAUCACUCCUGGCAGACAUUGGCCCUUUCUCUAAUGCCUUCUGGAAGGUGGAAUAUGUGUAGUGGGGACUGUAAAUCACUAGGCGGUUGCCUUGUUUUGACUUGAGACACCCAAGAGGAACAGUCAUGUUUCUCAUAAAAAUCGGUGGGAUCGUUUCUGAAUUCCAUCAGCCUUUGUAUGUGAGUGCAAAACAUUUUCACAGUUUUCUCAGAUCCACAAACAGCCUUCUGCUGUAGCUGUCAGCUCCUUGCCCUAACAUGGAUGAGAAAGGAAGGAGCCAGAGACCUGGUAAAAAAGACAAUCUUAACAAUGAGCAACUCAAGUCAUCUUUUUCUAAAAAUCACCAACUGCUGAUUAUAGCUGAAAUGGAAACACGUGUUUGUUUUUCUGUUUUUUUGUUGUUUUGUUUUUAAUUAGCCAUUUGACAAAUUCAUCUUUGGGAGCUGAGUAAAAGGGGAGAUUUCUAAACCUAGAGCACUCUUUGGCCAGUGUCUGUAGUCUCUUUCCUGGCUGUGUUUUAGAGGAAGGGAUUUGAGCCACAGGCCUGCCUCCUGUUCUCGUUCUCACGAAGCUGCCUUGAUUGUGGCCUCCCAGCCACAAAUGCCACGCCACAGGCCUUCUGUGGGCUGCCAGCCUUCAGGACAGAGGCCUACCUCAGUCUGCCACAAUUGUGCAUGGACUUAGCCUCCCUUGGAGGGCUCACAGGUCUUGGGAACUCAACCUGGGCUUUAAAAGUACAGAGAGCACCUCUGGCUACCCAGGGAGCUGCAGUUCUUGCUGAUUCUCUCUGCCCUUCCUUCCUGCCCUGUUUCAGCCAUCAUGGAGCCCUGUCUGAUUUGGGGGGUAGAUUUCUGUAAAGAAGGUAGAAAGUCAGUUUUCUAUAAUCUGUGAAGUUGUGAAAAAGCCACUAUCAUGGUUUUUACAUCGAAUAUUGCAACAUUUCAAAAAUAAUAAAGGUAUUUUCCUAAUUA